AUGCCCUUCGAAAAAGAGCUUUUCGUAGCCACUCAAGCGCUGAGAAAGGCAUCCCUUUUGACUAAACGCAUUCAGUCGCAGGUAGUCGCAAGUAAAGAUAGCACAAUCACCAAAGAGGACACUUCGCCUGCAACAAUAGGUGACUAUUCGGCACAAGCCAUUAUAAUCAACGCAAUUAAGGCCAAUUUCCCAGAUGACAGGAUCGUAGGUGAAGAGGAGUCUAAAGGGUUGAAUGAUUCGUUUGUCACCAAGAUUUUGGACGAGAUCAAUGCCACCAAUGUACAAUUUACGGAUAAAGUCGGAGUCACCGGCUCACACUUUGCGCAAAUGGAGUUCACCAACUCGCAAUAUCCAUUGAACACGCUCGAUGACGUCCGCAAAGUUAUAGAUUUGGGCGAUUACGAAGGAGGAUUAGGCUCCAGAUUCUGGUGUUUGGACCCCAUUGACGGCACGAAGGGGUUUUUGCGUGGUGAACAGUACGCAGUGUGUCUGGCCUUGAUCGUGGACGGCACUGUGCAGCUUGGAUGCGUCGGUUGUCCGAACUUGCAGCUUUCUCAGUACGGCGGUCAGGACUCGAAUCCUGGCCAGGCUCAGGAACUGGGUUACAUUUUCCGUGCUGUCAGAGGCCAGGGUGCCUACUUUGCGCCUACAUUGGCUGAUUUCGAAUGGGCUCCCGUCCACAGUCGCACAUUGAGCUCCACUGAUCCCAUGGUGUCUCUCGAGGGUGUCGAGAAGGGCCAUUCGGCGCAUUCCGAGCAGUCACAAGUCAAAGAGAGGCUUGGAAUCAGCCGUUCAUUGCAUUUGGACUCUCAGGUCAAAUACUGUCUGCUGGCCCUGGGUCUGGGUGACGUUUAUCUCAGACUGCCUCUUAAAAUGUCAUAUCAAGAGAAGAUCUGGGACCACGCUGCUGGAAACGUGCUGGUGCAUGAAGCGGGUGGAAUCCACACCGACAGCUUUAAAAAUGAGCCACUGGACUUCUCAAAAGGCAGAACUUUACUGUCCAAGGGUGUGAUUGCGUCCAGUGGUCCUGCAGAACUUCACGAAAAGAUAGUCAAAGCUGCAUCCGACGUGAUGGGGAGCCAGUAG